AUGGUCAAGACUACCUAUGCUCUCACGCUGUUCACAGCUGUGAGUCUGGCAGCUCCUUUGGGGCAGACCGGUAGUGGUGGCAGUGGAAACUUGAUUGGAGCUGGUUCAGCGGGUGGCCAAGUGAACGAUGUGUUGAAUGGCCUUUUCAAGGAGUUGACUCCACAACCCAAGGGUGAAAAGCAGGCGCGCUCCUUCACAGGAGACUUGUCCAAACUGCCAAUUUUAGGUGACCUCUUUGGUGGUGAUCAGAACUAUGGUCAGAAUUAUGGCCAGAACUUCGGACAGAACCACGGUCAAAAUGCUGGACAAAACGCCCACCAGAACGAGGGCCAAAACCACGGCCAGAACCACGGUCAGAACUACGGUCAAAAUGCAGGCCAGAAUCACGGUCAAAAUGCAGGUCAAAAUGCCCACCAAAACGCGGGCCAGAACGAUGGUCAAAACUACGGCCAAAACUACGGCCAAAACCAUGGCCAGAACGAGGGCCAGAACUAUGCUCAGAACCACAAGCGAGACCUUGAUAGUGAUCUGGCCAGCUUGCCUAUCGUCGGCAAAUUCCUAGGCGAUGCGACUAUCCCUGGCCCUCCCAACAGCCACCACCAAACUCGCCAAUUCAAGGCACCCUCCAGCAUCGCCGAUUUCGUUGACCCCUUCAGCGAAGAAGGGCUAGCUCAGACCCUCCCAGGAUCUGCCGCCCAUGAUACUGCCAAUACCUUCAGAGACGGCUUGAACACUGCCAUGGGCCUGAUCCCACUUCCUGUGGCUGCCCGCGAUGUCAAUACUGAUGUGACAGAGCCAACGGCUGAUUCACCCAGCCAGGUGAUGGCCGAACUGGCCCAGCCCAGGCCCGCUGCACCCAAGAAGGCCAACACAGAUGACAAGGCCGACGCGCCGAAGAAGGGCAACGCCGAUGAUAAGGCUGAUGGCGCAAACAAAGCCAACAAGCCCAACAAGCCUGCCAAGCCCAGCAACCCGCUUGCUGAUCUAGCUAGCAAAGCCGGCCUUGGUCAACUGUUUGGUCAUGCCCAGCACGGUGUUGGACUGCUGCCAAUGAACGGUCGCCGUGACAAUACCAUUGAGGCUCGUGGUGGCGCACCUAUCCAGGGUUCCACGUUGACUGAUGUCCUGCUGCAAGGUGGUGCGCUGGGAAAGAUUUCCCACAUGCUUGCUCCUGGUGCUCCCGUCGCAAAGCCCGGUCAGAGUGACUCCAAGGAUAUGGGUGAUGGUAGCUCCAUGGCGCCCCCUGGCCAGCCGGGUUCUCCUGCUGGUUCCAUUGCUGCCGGUCCCCAUGAUGGACCUGGCUAUGCUGCUGAGCAUGCCAAACAGAAUUAG